AUUGUCUAGCGCGCACUCGUCGGGCACGGGUCAGCUGUGGCCGGGGGAGUACUUAUGAAAAUCGACCAUGAUUACGUGAUAACGGCCGGCCACCGCUUAGUCCAGCCAUGCUGGACUACAUACUGCCGGACUUCUUCGUCGACGAAAAGGCUCGAAUGUCCUUAGAGCCUUUGGUUCAGGAAGGAGCCCGGAAUGGAGCCCUAUGCCACAGCCGGAGCUGCAGCCCCACGACGGGCUUCCAGAACCCAGCAUUCCGAACGGACGUCGUGCGAGAGCCCUGCAAGGUGACAGCCGUUACACGGAAUGCAGUAUCGCAGCGAGAACGGCCACCUGUGCAAGUAGCGAACGACAACGCUUCAACGAAAGCUCGCAGGCGAGACGAGCGCUGCUGCUGUGUGGAGGCGGCCGACCAGCGCGGCGGCCUGCCAGCAGCAACGGCCGCAGGUUCCCCGGAGAAGCCCUCGACCAAGUCCAGCACGCCGUCACCUUCGACGUCGUCGGCCGUGGCUGCGUCCUCCUCCCGCAGGGUUGGCGGCGACGGCAGCGCCGAUGGGCGCAUCCAGACGCGGAUCGGUGCCGACCUUACGCCCUUCCACACGGCCGUCAUCUCGGACUCUGAAAACACGACGGCCUCGGAGUUCGUCUCAGAGAGGAUACAGACCCUGGUGCGAGCCUUUUCUCACCGAUCACAACGAGUGAAGGAACGCAUCGCGGAGCCUCCUACUCCCAGCCCAACACCACCGCCGGAGAAACGGGAGGACUACGAGAGCCGGCUGCGGUUGGAUUCGUUCGCACUCGCCGAAGGACGUCCGGGCGAUAGUCAAGCUGACUCUGACCGGAUCAUCAGGAUAGGCUGCUGCUCCUUCCCCAGGAGGGCCUGCACUUUUCCAAGAACCAUCGACCCACAAAGCAAGCUCUACGUGUCAUGGCAACUGGCGGUGAGCGUGUGCUUCCUGUACAACUGUUGGGCCAUCUUCUUGCGUGCCGUGUUCCUGGAAGGAUCGCACGCCGACGAGGCCGGCUUCUUUGCCUGCGACUACCUGUCCGACCUGGUGUACCUGCUCGACAUAUUGCUAUUCAAGUCGCGCAUCAAGUUCCACUCUGCCGGCAUGUGGGUGGAAGAUCCCAAACUCACCCGACGGAACUACAUCCGCAAGCAUAUAUUUAAGAUGGACGUAGCUUCCCUGCUACCCUUGGACAUACUGUACUACCUUUACGGUGUCAACCCGCUGCUCAGGUUGCCUCGUAUGCUCAAGAUACAGACAUUCUGGGAAUUUUUCGACCGCAUCGACGCCCUCGCCAAGUCGCCUUAUGUGAUUAGGGUGUUGCGAACGCUUCUUUACAUGAUGUACCUGAUCCACCUCAACACAUGCGCCUACUAUGCCAUCUCCAAUUAUGAAGGCAUCGGCUCCAAUCAAUUCGUCUUUCAAGGUGGAAACAAGACCGCAUACGUGCGCUGCUUUUACUUCGCCUUCAAGACGGCCACGUCGAUCGGUAAGAACGCGAAGCCGAGCAACGAGCUGGAGUACGCGUACAUGACGCUCUCAUGGUUGCUGGGCGUCUUCCUGUUCGCCUUCCUGAUCGGCCAGGUACGCGACAUUGUGGCCACGGCCACGCAGGGCCGCACACAGUGUCGCCAGGCGGUCGACGCCUGCGUGCGCCACCUUCGCCGCCUUGGCCUUCCCGACGACCUGCAGAGACGUGUCCGCCUCUGGCUGAACCACACCUGGGCACAAAAGAAGACCCUAGACGAGAACUCCAUCUUGGCCACGCUCCCUAGAAAAAUGAAGACCGACAUCGCCAUAAGCGUCCACUACAACACACUGGCCAAGGUUCAGUUUUUCCAGGAUUGCGAGCGGUCAAUGCUGCGAGAUCUAGUGCUAAAACUGCAGUCAGUUCUCUUCCUUCCUGGUGAUUACAUCUGCCGCAAGGGAGAAAUCGGUGUGGAAAUGUACAUCGUCAAUAAAGGGGUGAUUCACGUUAUCGGAGGAGAAAACAACAACGUUGUGCUCGCAAAGCUCACCGAAGGCAGCGUGUUCGGAGAAGUGAGCCUUCUCGGGCUGCCUGGCUUCAACCGGCGCACAGCAGAUGUGCUCUCGGUGGGCUUCUCGAACCUUUUUGUGCUCAGCAAGGACGACCUAAACGACGUCUUGCACGACUACCCUGACGUCGAGGCCAUGCUCCGCCGCAAAGCCAAGAGCCAGAUGAUGAAGAACAAGGCAUCCAACGAGAAGACGCUGGAGAACAAAGCCCGGCGCAUUCACGUCGAGCCAAUCAUCAAGACACCUCCGGCCCGACCCAAGACACCCAAAUUGGUGCAGACAGUGUUGCAGGUUCUGCGGCCGGAGUCCAAAACCGGCUCGGCCCUAGCAAGACGCGUUUUCGGCGGCCGCGCGAGCCAGAGGCCUACAAGCGGCAGCGACUCGGACAGCAGCAGCAACUUGAGCGAGGCCAUGGGACGGCCCACGACACUGAGCUUCCGUGAUGAAGACGGCGUGGAAACGCGAGUGGACACGUACCACGACGUGACGCAGAACGCGCUCACCCUGAGGGCGACUUCGGCGUCGGGACUGCGCGUCCCGCGCUCGGUGCCACCUCGCUGCAAGAGCUCGCCCGCAGUCAUGCGGCAUCCGGAAGAGCGGCGGCCCGAGCGACCCACUCCGCUGACGCGGCGGCCGCGGCCCUCGCCGCUAGUGCUGCUGAGUCGUUGCCUGGGCACUGACAGUCCGGAGUCAGUACGCCGCCCCUGGCGACCGCUAACGGCACGAAGCCGCGUGACACCGCUGACGCCGCCGGUGCCGCACGAUCUUGCCGCCGCUGAAGGGUCCACCGCCGUCGACGACGACGAGGCUGCGGCGCCGCAGCGGCCCAGUGGCGACUCGGCGCCAUCAUCUAGGGCGAGCCUCCGGUCCGCGUCGCUCUCGGGAAAUGAGCUCUCCGACAGAGAUGAAUUUCAACUCGUAUCGCCCGGCUUCCCGUCCAGCUCGUCACCCAGCUGGACGUUCGAAGAGCCUCCGUGCUAGAAGGGUGCCCCGACAACUCUGCAACUUGAUCUUGCGUUACUCGAACAAGCCGCGGAUCAGAAGGUCCGUUCAGUAAGUGAGCCGCAGCGUGGCAUUGAGAACUUCGUCGAUGCCGACAGCUUUCUCUGAGAAGAGAACUACAGCUUUCUCUGAGAAGAGAGAAAUAGGCGCAGUGGCCAAACGAUCUGACAGGCAGAGACAUUCCCGUAGGAAGCUCUUUGUUCUUUCAGGCACAGCGGGUUCGCCACGUCGGGUGUGACCAUCCAUUAUGUUUUCACGCACACACUGCAAGGCAUCUGAGAUACAGCUGUGACUCGCGGGUGACUUCAGGCUAAGCGACGAGCCAAUGGUGACGCAUCUUCUUAAACCGUCGCUCCUUGUAAAGUGGAUACUAAUUUAUCGCCAAGCGCGUUGAAGGGCAUCAAGAUUGAUCGCAAGGUUGAGUAUCCGCCGGGCAUACAUUGGAGAGGGAAGCCACAUAAGCAAUGGCAGAGUAUUUGACCGAUGUACCUGAGCGUUGAAGCAGACACCUGCGACAGGACGUACUUCCAUACGAGGUAAAUGAGCGAGAGAAGUAAGAAAUUAGCCCGUUCACUAA